UCAUUGACGACCAUAUUCGAGGGCAUUAAUAAUCCUGUGACGACUCGCAUCCUUGUCUUCCCCGUUCGCUCACUUUCUCGUCCUCACCACAUAGGGUUAGCCAUGGGGAUAUUGUCUUAUGCCACGAAACCCAACUUCGUUCCCAUUACUCUGCCACCGUCGGUGGACGCUGCGAUGCUCCAGGACUUUGGAAGAAUAGUCGAGGGUAUAAAUCCAGCCACCUUCUCGGAAGGCGAGUUUAUGGCCUUGUCUAAAGCUCUGCACGAGCAUGGCUUCUUGGUCUUUCGUGACGUAACCCUGAGUCCGGGCGAGAUACACCGUCUAGUCAAGGCAUUUGACCCAGAAGCGGAGAGUUACGGGCACGGAAGCAAGCGCAACUCAAGGGAUCGCAGCCGAAAGUCGCCCUUUGCGCAGAUCCAGAAUGUACCCUCCGUUCCACAAGUACAGCUCAUCGGACACGGUACCGUGAGGAACCACGAAGGAAUUGACGAAGCAACUCUUAGCCACCCAUCGCACCGAACAUUCCAUCAGACGCCUCUAUCGAUGGACGACGAGGAAGCCGGGUAUACUCGGUUUUACCACUGGCAUAUGGAUGCUGCCCUCUACUCGUUCAAACCGCCCAAAGUUACUGCUCUUUACGCUGUUCAAGUGCCCAACGGUCCUUCACAAACUGUGCGGUACGAUGACGGGACCGGCGACGAGCUGCCCGUCCCAUUGGGUACCACAGCAUUCACUUCUGGUAGGAUUAGCUUUGAAAUUCUACCCAGGCACCUGCAGAGCGUUGCUGUCCGCUCGAGGGUCAAGUAUGCGCCUCAUCCCUUUUUAUGGAUGAACCCCGCCGGCGCGAUGUCCAAUGGACUGGGUUUGGAGACAGAGGGUCGCGAAACUCCUCUGGACCAGCUCCCACCUUGGGAUGAGUCCAAGCGACAGACGCUGCCCAUGCUAUGGAAGAACCCUGUCACGGGUGGACUCCAUCUACAAGUCGCCGCAACCGCUGUGACUGACAUAUUCAUCGAUCCACUACCUAUAAACGCCGAACGUGAAGAUGCUCUGUAUCCAGACGGAGCCCAUUUGACGGAUCUGAAGGAGCUCCGUGAGCUACUAUACCAGCUGCAACGCCCCGGCAUCUCGCCAUCGCUUGUCUACCCACAUGACUGGAAGGAGAAGGAUCUCGUUCUGUUUCACAACCGUGGCGUAAAUCACUCUGUGGUUGGGUCACUCAAUGACGACCACAUUCGCGUGUUCCAUCAGUGUAAUCUUGCAGCUACGGAUCUUCCUCUAGGUCCUGACGAGGAAGACACUCGAAGGUGGGCUUGACUUCAACGACUUAGCACGAGCUUGCCUUGUCCUUUGGGCGGACAUAUCGAAUAUGAGUCCAUCGUGACGCGUUUUCUCAGAACUAUUCAGUAUUUCCAUGCAUACGCAUAUAACU